AUGAGACCGCUCACUGAUGUGGAGACGCAGACUCUCUUUACAAAAUUGGCUAACUACACCGGCCGCUCCUUAACCCAACUCAUCGCACCAAGCGACUCCUCCGAAAAAGACGAUCGCUUCGUGUUCCGCUUGCACGAAUCGCGCGUCUACUAUGUCCGUCUCUCGAUCGCCAAUCUAGCCACUUCCAUUGCCCGCGACAACCUCCUCUCCCUUGGCACCUGCAUUGGAAAAUUCACAAAGACAGGAAAAUUCCGUCUACACAUCACCGCGCUGGAUGUGAUUGCUCCGCAUGCUCGUUACAAGCUAUGGGUCAAGCCAAAUGGCGAAAUGCCGUUUCUCUAUGGCGGGAAUGUAGUAAAAGCGCACGUGGGUCGGUGGAGUGAAGACUGUCCUGAACAUUCGGGCGUUGUGAUCCUGGCGAUGGAUGAUACCCCCUUGGGCUUCGGAGUUACUGCGAGGAGCACGGCUGAAGCGAGAAAACUGGAGCCCACCAGUAUCGUGGCCUUCCGGCAGGGUGAUGUUGGCGAGUAUCUGAGGGAGGAGGAUAGUUUGUUCACGACUUGA